UUCACUGAAAUUCAGCCAACAACUAACUGAGUGGUUUCUCACAAUGGGUCGAGAACUUCUAUGUUUAUGUCGGGUGGAAGCUAGGAGAUUGAUAUGGCUCAUAGGCAUGAUGUUUGCAGUGAUUUUAGUGUUCCAGUAUUGUGAAUUUCCUUAUGGUAAUCUUCUCUCAUCUUUAUUUUCUGCUGGUAAGGCUUCGGUAGGGGGAAAUAGUAGCUUCCAGAAUGGAGAUUCACCAUCUCAAUCUGUGUCUAUUGGUAACAUGACGAAUUUGAUUGAUUCAAACUCCCACAGUACAUAUUCUGUUCAUGAGAGAGCUAAUACUUCUAAUGGAAGGGAUAGCAUCCCCAAGGAUGCUUCUUUAUCAGGUAAAAAUGGAGGCUCAAACCACUCUCUAGGACUAGAUAAGGACUCUUCACCUGAAAAUUUGGUAAAGCUAAAUAAUAUUUCUAGUGAAAAUAAUGGAUCUGCAGCAGAGGAGGCUAGAGAACCUGAACAGAGAUUUUAUCAAACCAACUAUACUACAGAUAGUGACUUUUCAAUACAUAAGAUUGAAAAGGAUUAUAAUACUUCCACUUCAGAACAUAUUGAAAGCUCAGAUGCUGGUUUUGCAUCCCCUUCGCCUGCAGUACCACCUAUGAAUUCAUCACCACAUGUAGCUUCUCCACCAUUAUCUGGGAAAGGCAAGAAUUCUUCCCUGAACAGAGUCCCCAAGGUUAAUAAAGGCCUGGAGUUGCCAACCUCUUCAGUAGUUUCAAUAUCCGAGAUGGGUGAUUUAUUGCUUCAGAGCCGUGCUUCAUCCCAUUCCGCGACACCACAGUGGUCUUCAGUGGUUGACCAGGAACUACUAAAUGCACGACUACUGAUUGAGAAUGCACCCAUCAUAAACAAUGAUCCAAAUCUUUAUGCUCCUAUUUAUAGGAAUGUUUCUAUGUUCAAAAGGAGCUAUGAGUUAAUGGAAGACAAUCUCAAAGUAUACAUUUACAGGGAAGGAGAAAAACCCAUAUUGCACCAGCCACGACUCAACGGAAUAUAUGCAUCUGAGGGAUGGUUCAUGAAGCUGCUGGAAGCUAACAAAAAAUUCAUUACUAGAGACCCAAGAAAAGCCCAUCUUUUUUACUUACCCUUUAGCUCUCUGAUGUUGGAGGAAACGUUUUAUGUACCUAAUUCGCACAGCUUUGAUAAGUUUAUACAGUUUUUGAGGAACUACUUGGAUAUGAUUUCAGCAAAAUAUUCUUCCUGGAACAGAACUGGAGGAGCAGAUCAUUUUCUUGUUGCUUGUCAUGAUUGGGCCCCAGCGGAAACAAACCGAAUCAUGGCCAAGUGCAUAAGAGCCCUCUGCAAUGCUGAUGUCAAAGAAGGUUUUGUUUUAGGCAAGGAUGUGUCUCUUCCAGAAACAUACGUGCGCUUGGCUCGGAAUCCUCUCAGAGAUCUUGGAGGCAAACCUCCUUCCCAGAGGUCAAUUCUUGCUUUCUUUGCAGGGCGCAUGCAUGGUUUAGCACUUCAAAGAAUCAGAGAACUUCCUGGUGUCAGGUUGGUCAUCUUCCAAGGUCGGUAG